UGUCAUUUUUCUGGCUUAAUACAUCAUGUAACAUGUAUUUCUAGCCAUAGUAUAUUUUUUUUAUUGAUCAUUUAAUUAUAAUAAUUAAUUUCGAUGCAAAAAAUUCAUUUAACUAUGCAAUAAUUCACCGAGAACAUUUAAAUCUUAAGUCACAGAGAAGUUAUAAACGUGUCACUGCAUUUAUACUUGCAUUCGCAAUGCAUCCGGUACGUGAACGUGACUGCGACGAGCUACUGCAGCACCCGCUGCUGCGGACGCCGCCGCCGGAGCCCGAGCGCCCUAAGCCGCCGCGUGUUCGCAAGCCGAGAGUCUUCAAACUCCCUCCAAGAUUUCCCUUGUUGUCUAUAGAAUUCUACACAAAAUGGUGCAACCAUCAAAAAGAGCUGCAAAUGGCGAAGCACAAAGUGGACGACAACUCACCGGAACUGUUCCCGGAGCUGUAUCUGAAGCCGCGCCGGCUGGACUACUACGCGCGUCAGCUUGAACAGAACAUGAUUGUCAACAAGGAAAUCAUCAAGAAGAUUAACCUCAUACAACGAACUGGGGGCUUUGUGGAUUGUUGGCUGAAGCCACCGCCCUCCGACAACUACAAUCGGCUGCUUUGCAAGCAACGCCAGCGAGUGCUCGACCGCAUCCGCAAACAUAACCUUUACUUGUACUCGAGGCUGCUCAUCGCGAGAUCUGAACAGCUGCUCACAAAGGAAUUGGAUUUGGCGUGGAUAGACACAAAACACAAACUUAUUUUAGGAGCAUCAUUACCAUUCAUAUUGUUCAAAACGGAGAAGAUAGACCGCGGAAUUAGGGAUCCCGCUUUUGACAAACCAUCGUAUGCGAACAGAACCAAAGUUGCAAUGGAAAUUUGGGUGCGCGGUGGUUCUAAGAUGGGGAAAGUGUUCAUAGAACUGUUCACGGACUUGAUGCCGAAGACUUGUCAGCUUUUCCUCAACCUGGUGAAAGGCGAUAGUAAGGGACACGCUUACACGGGCUGUAGAUUUUUCACGAUCGUGCCAGACCUGUACUGCAGAGGAGGUGACGUCGUCAAAGACAAUGGUUUCGGUUUCUACCACGCAGAAGCGAAACAAGCCCUUGAGACUCCCGAGAGUUUCUUACUCAAACAUACAGUUCCUGGUGUGUUGUCUAUGGUUGUGACGUCAGACAAUGAAGUGCCCGGACAGUUCAAUAUCAUUUUCAAACCUUUGCCGCAGUUCGAUAACAAACAUGUCGUCUUUGGACGAAUAGUGGCGGGCCCUACGCAGACGUUAGAGCGCAUCAGCGCACUAGGGCUGCCUCUAGGCACGACCAGCUCGGACUGUAUCAUCCGCACCUGCGGCUGGUUCCGCCGCAACGGACAGUACAAGGAGGGCAGCCCUAACACCAUCAAGUUCCCGCCCAGGAGGAAGAAAGUUUAGAAAAUGUGAACUUUUAACGAAAUAAAGGUUUUUAUUUGAUA